GAGAGGUCAUUUUGUGUCAUGGACACAUUUGUUGAUAAGACCAGAAUGGAUACUCUUGAACCAAAGAUAACUUUUCUUCAGGUUCACAUUAUAUGGUAGCAGUUUGAGAGUAGCACUUCAAGAUUACUGUCCUCAAUCUCGCGCAUUUCUAACGAAGCCUGACGUGAUCAUUGUUGCCGAGAACUCGUACGCUCGACAGAAGACGAGUUGGCUCAAGCUUGAUAACAGAAAAGUUGAAGAUGGCGUUCAAUAAGUUUGUCAUCUGCUGUGCAUACUGUUCAAAUAUUUUGAUAAUUAUUAUACGAAAACAACGAGAGAGUCCAGUUCGCUCUGGAAAUCUGACGAGCUACAACGUCAUCGAAUGUUCUCUUGUUUCACAUGCAUCAUCAUCAUCAACCGCGGGUUUUCUGGUUUUCUGAGAAGGACUCGUGCAGAGAUGGAUGUAUGGAUUCCACUGAGGAGGCUAAAAAUGGAAAGAUGCAGCGAAGAAUUGGAGAUUCGGAGAAUGAAGUGAAGUUCGGGCAAGGCUAGACGACAGUGCGCACAUCGGAGCCACUCGUGGGGUGCGACUUUCAUAAAUACGUGGACAACAGAUCUCAGAUGCAACGACUGAUCAAGGAAGACAUCAGCAGAUCUCAGAUGCACUGAAGGCAGAGCCCGCCCGCGAGCUAAAGGACUUGCGACAGAGUUCCAUCUCUCGCUAGAUCUGGCAGCAGCGCAGCGAUCGGUCUUCGGUGCAAGGGCGAUCUGCUGCCUAGCUUCCUGCCUGCUCUUCCACCUCCCUCGAAUCCACGGAUUUCCACCAUAGAUCGCAGGAAUUUUGAAAUCUCGCAGGAGAAGUUGCUGAUCUGUCUUCGGAGGAAGAUAAUCGAGGCGUUUCUGACGAUGACGGAGACCGUCUUCACUCCGGCAUUGCAGGCCAUGCCGCAUGUGAAAUCGCCGACCGGAGAUACUCUGACGAAGCCGUUUCUGGACGUGUGCCGUCUGGUGCUGCCGGUGAUAGACAAAUUCGGAGCGUCCAUGUCGCUCGUGAAGUCCGACGUCGGAGGAAACAUUGACAGACUGGAUGCCAGAUAUGCCACGGAUUCGACGUCCUACUAUCUACUCUACGACAUCGUCCGCAAGGAAGUAGCAGACAAGACGGCCAAGAAAUCCACGAGCUGUACAAAUGGGCUGCUCUGGCUGACCCGAGCCAUGGACUUUUUGGUGGAGCUCUUCCGCAAUCUGCUGCUGAAUCCGGACUGGACCAUGCAACAAGCCUCGAACGAGGCGUAUGGUGUCACUUUGAAGAAAUGGCAUGGCUGGAUGGCGGGUGCCGCCUUCGCAGUGGCCAUGAAAUUGGUGCCUGACCGGAAGAAGUUCUACGAUCUUCUCGGAGGCGGUAACUUAAAUUCCGAGAUAGAAAAGUUCGUGUCCUCUUUUUCUCCGAUCCUCCAAGAGAAUCACAAUUUCCUCAAGAGUGUAGACAUGGAUGACCUUAAGUCGUCCUGAGAUGGGUUCUUUAGCCCCACAUUCGAUGCCAUCAGUAACCGAUCAUUGCUCCCGUACGAGAAUCUCUGUACGAUCUCUGCAUCCAUCGCUGCGUUCGAUAUGAGGCAGAAGCUUCAGGUAGGCCAGCCAGCUCGGUUCGUAAGCUGAAGCGGUCACGCUGACCACACGAUUCUGUCACAUACUUUGGACCAUCUGGAAUAAGAUAGUCAAUUAGGACGAGGUUUUGACACCUCUAAUUUAGAAGUUCGUAUUAUACCAUGUCUGUACGUUCUUAUCGAUACACAUAAGAAUUCGGCUGAUCCAAA